AGAAAAACGCACAUACACGUGUGUUGACACAGUUCACAGUACUGUUAACUUGUCGCUGAUUGUAUGAGACGGCUGUAAGCUUGUGCAUUAACACUUACAGACAUGUCUUCAUUUAGAAAAGCCCUGAAAUCCAAACAGCGGGAUCACAAAGAGCGAUCUCAGCCUGGAUCCAGGAAACAUUUAGGACUUCUAGAGAAGAAGAAGGACUACAAACUCCGUGCUGAUGACUACCAUCGAAAGCAGAACACCCUUAAUGCCUUACGCAAGAAGGCUAUGGACAAGAACCCAGAUGAAUUCUACUACAAAAUGAUAAACGCUCAAUUAAAGGAUGGAGUGCAUGUGAUUAAACAGAAAGAGGAGCAGAUGACGGAGGAACAGAAGAAAGUCAUGAGAACUCAGGACAUUGGAUAUGUGGAAAUGAAGAGAGUGGCUGAGUCUAAGAAAAUCGAAAGAUUAAAGGGCGAACUGCAUCUUCUGGGCGUCGAGAGUAAACAGAAAAAAACCCACACCUUUUUUGUGGACACCAAAAAAGAAGUGGAGGAUUUUAACCUGGCCAAACACCUGAAUACCAUCCCGGAGCUGGUAAAGAGAACCUAUAACAGACCUACACUGGACAUGCUGGUGAACACGAGGAUUGUGGGUGCUGCGAGCCGAAAAAAUAUAAAGAAACUGGCCAGACAGCGAAAGGCUCAGUAUAGGCAGCUAUCAGAGCGUAUUGACCGAGAGAAAAAAAUGUUCGUCAUCAGUCAGAAGAUCCAGACUCGUAAAGACCUUCAGGACAAGACAAAGAAAGUAAAAGUGAGGAAUGAGACGCCCACUGCUCCUGCCAUCUACAGAUUUGAGGCCAAAAGGAAAAGAUAACGCACUUUUCUCACACCACUGGAUAUGUAUUACUUACAGGAGAGACAUUCACAUGCUUAAAACUAUACACAACUGAGAUCAAGCCCAAGCCUGAGUUGAUAUGUAUGCUUUUAAUCUACUGCAUGUAGGCAUACAUAGAGUGGGCUUUCAGAUCGACUGGGGACGUGACAUGUCAGCUACCUGUAGAUUUAUUUUUGGUUACACUGCCCACUCCCAACACAUACAAGCAGGAAUUUGGUUGCAGCCUUCAUUUUUGAAAAGCUGCUGUUUUGUUGUGUGUGUGUGAUAGAUAGAUAGAUAGAUAGAUAGAUAGAUAGAUAGAUAGAUAGAUAGAUAGAUAGAUAGAUAUAGUAAUUGAGCUUGUGGUUUGUACUGAAAUAAAACCUUGUGUAAUAAAA